ACACACUAAAUUGUGUAGAUUUAUAUUCAUUUUAUUCAAGGUUCAUUUUUUGUGAGAAUUUGUGCAUCCAAAUACAAAAAAUGAAUCAACAAAAUAUAGAUGCAAAUAAAUGUCUUUUAUGUAAGCGUUUGAGAACAACAUGUAAUAAUAAUAAUAAUUGUGAAUUUGGCAUGUACUUUCCUCCCCAUAGAAAUGAUGAUUUUAAGUGUGCUCUUGAGGUUUAUGGAUUAACUAAUAUCAUUAGAAUCAUGCAAUCUGUGGAAGAAGAUCAAAGACAAGCCACUGCAAAUUCACUUCUUUUUGAAGGUUUUUCUUGGAGAUUUCAUCCAACUAAUGGUUUAUUUGGGUAUAAGUCAUUUAUGGAUGAACAAAUAAAUUCAUCUUUGCGUGAACUACAAAUUUUAAAUAGCCUUUUGAAGUUUUGUAAGGAUCAUGAAAACUCAAAUUCUCAAAGGAAUGAUGGAAUUCCAACUACUCGUGAAAGAGGAGAAUCAAGUAAUGCUGCAUCCAAGGGAAAUACUCAAGAGAAAGAAAAGGGAAAACAAGUUCUUAUUGAUCUAAAUGAACCAGCUGAUGAUGAGGCCACUCAAGAGAAAGAAAAGGGAAAACAAUUUCUUAUUGAUCUAAAUGAACCGGCUAAUGAUGAAGAGGAAGAUUAAUUUUGCUCCUGGCACCUGUAUUCUUUUUAUGAGUGGGAAAUGCAUCUUAUUUUGUGCUGAAACCGUUAGUGGGUGUGGUGUUGGAUCUCUAGGGUCUUCAUGUGUUGAUGGCCCGCUUGGUGUUGUUCUCUUUUUUAGUGGUCGAUUUUUCUCCUCUCUGGAGACUGGUUAUUUCGGAAUUGAGGUGUUUCGAGUACUUUUAUUUUUGUGUGGGUAUUUUUGUUCUCUUUGUUGCUCGUAGUUUUUUGUAACUUUUUGUUUCUUAUCUUUUGUUUGUUGGGACUCUCGUUAUGAGUAUUUCUGGUAUUUUUUUGGUACAAGUAUUUCUGGUAUUUGGUAUCUCAUCUUGUGUUUUUACUGUGGACAUUUUGUCCUUAUUUAUAUAUUUAUAUUUGCCAUUAA